CCGUCCGGCGACCAACAGACAGACAAACUCCCCCAGUGACAUCACGCUGCCUGUGUGUGUGAAGCAGCUUUACUCAUGUUGUGAGGACACGAACCUGCUCACACUGCGGGGAACUGCUGGUGUUCUGAGAACAAAAAGCAAGUGAGACCGCGGAACUAAACACUGGCUGGUGUUUCCGCACGGACAGGUUUCAGCGCUGUGUCGGCAUGUGUUGUGACUACAGUCUAUGGUUGUGACAGGUAAAGAACCUGUCACUUCUUCUGGACUGUUGUUAUUUACAUUCUGCUCGUUAAGCUUUGGCAGACAGACAACCAGCGACCCCGACAUGUCCUCGGCGGAGGUAGUUCUGGGUUUCCUGGAGGAGGCGGAGUCGUGGCGGCUUCGGUCCCCGCAGUUCCCCAGUAAAGUCGGAGGGAAGCCGGCAUGGCUCAGCCAGAGAGGCCUGCCCUCCCUGUCCGGGCUGGAGUGUGAGAUAUGUCGGCUGCCUCUGGCUUUCCUGCUUCAGGUAUACGCACCAAUAUCUGGUCAGGACCGAAGUUUCCACCGAACACUUUUUCUGUUCUGCUGCAGAACUCCUGAAUGCUACUCACGAAAUGACAAUCGCUGCAUGAAAGUUUUCAGAAGUCAGCUGCCCAGAAGGAAUGAGUUCUACCCCUAUGAGCCUCCUCCAGAGGAUGAGCCUCCUAACAAUCCUGAGGAGGACCAGAGUGUGUUGUCUGGAGUUAAACUGUGCUGGGUGUGUGGUUGUCCUGGUAACAAAGCAUGCUCCCGCUGUCAUGCUGUAACUUACUGUGGAAAACACCACCAGACCCUCCACUGGAAACACACUCACAAGAAAGAGUGUUGCAAAGAAGCAUCCACGGCCACAACCUCUUCCCUACUCUUUCCUGAGUCUGAGCUCGUCACUGAGCCUGAGGAGGAGGAAGAGGAGAAAGACACAAAGGAGGAUGAAGAAAAAGAAGAAGAAGGGGAAAGUACUCAGAGAAGCACAGAUGUUCCUUCCUUAGCAGACACCCUUGCAGAGACAGACUUGGAGGAGAUGGCUAUGCAUGAGACUGAAGACAACAAAGUGUUCCAGCGGUUUAAAAAGAAGAUCUCACCAGAGCCACACCAGGUGCUGCGCUACAGUCGAGGCGGCUCUCCCCUGUGGGUCUCUUCUCAGCACAUCCCUUCAGAUGCGGAUAUCCCACCAUGCACCUGCGGCGCCAAGAGGACAUUUGAGUUCCAGGUGAUGCCCCAGCUGCUGAACAGUCUGAGCGUGGACUCGACAGGAGCCAGUAUCGACUGGGGGACUCUGGCUGUUUACACAUGCUCUAUCAGCUGUAACCAUGACGACCAGUACUGCCCAGAGUUCAUCUGGAAGCAGGACUUCAGCUCAGAUCAGCACACGCAGAUUAAACACACACAAUAGAGCUUUGUGGCUUCUCAUAGCAGGAAAAGUGCAGGUGUAACUGAUAACAUUAAUGAUGGCUGCAUUCCAGUCAUGUGAGUCAGUUUCAGGGUCUUCGUGUCGUGUGCAAGGUGACAAUGGACUUUCUUUACUCUGACAGGAGUAAUCACACUACAGUGAUGCAUCCAUUAGCGAUACCCACUUCGUCCUGUAGAGGGUGGUUGGACCUACUGCAGAGAUUUAAUGGAGUUGAUAAGUGCUGCUGCUCUCAAGUAAGAUCAGUGAAACUGGAAUUUGUAAUUCUGUACAUUGAGUAUUAGUUUAUUAAAAGUUCAAAUAUUCAAACAAGAAUUGUGGAUGUUAAGAACAACAUGUUGGUGGUAUUUUCUGACCUACAGUAGAGUUUCAGCAUGUUCAGUGCUAUAUACUGUUGAAGCAGUAGAAUUAUUGGAUCUUAUAUUCAUCAAAAACAAAUUAAAUAUGACUUUGUGCCUUUCAUAACAUAAUAAACUUUUUUUGUAAGUCAUCAAA